UCAGCCCCUCUCGCCUUCCCUUCCCUCCUUCCUGCUACACACAACGGGGACCCACCGUUGUAACUGUUUUUCCCAUAUUGAAAUUAACCACAAUCACGUCGCCACCAUAAACCGAUUUUGGAAUCAGGAGGAGGCGAGCCGGCGCCUGGGUAGAUGUGAGCCCAAGGUAAUGGCCAGGCUGGUGGACAUAGGCACACAGACAGAUCCAGUGGUUGUGCUGUCCCUGGCCCAGGCUGCCGUGCUAGGUCUCAUCUCCCAGAAUGAAGUGUUUGGCGCCACCAUUGCACCCAACGGCUUCUACACCGGCGAGCCCAAAGAGUCCCCCGCACCGACAGUAGAAGGAGUCGACUACGAGUACGCAGACCAGCUUAUCGGAGCCAACGGAGAUUACCUCGGAGACAACUUGGGAGAAGACGGACAGAUGCAACCCAGCUGCAGUCAGAGGAGGUGGCAGCAGGGGCCCCCUCAACACCCCGACACAAAAAUGGUGGGCCCCGAUCGCCACAGCCUUCAAGGCGCUGACAUUUCCACAUCACAUGUGAAAGGGGAAGUGGUGAACUCUGGGAUGCCCUCCUGUGUCCACAUGCUGAACAAUAUGGCUCCCAGAGGCGGAUUAGUACAAGUGGACCCGGCCACGCUCAGAGGCACCAACAAGAACUGUGUUGAGUGUGAGCGGGAUGUAACCAACCAGACGCAAGCCAACGCACACGUUCACCCUCCUCCCCCUCAGGUGGGUCACAGAGGAGGGGAGCAGGGCCACAGAGGGCUGCAGGGCCAGCGCCCGAUGGGGGCCCACGGUCGAGGUGGCAGAGAGGAGGAGGAAGAGGUGGAACACCCGGUGAACAACAUGAUGAAGCCCACGCAGCAGGAGGAGGCCAUCAGCAGCUACUUCCAGACCAGUGAAGUGGGCAGCUAUGAUUCGGCGGAAAUGAGCAUGCCGAGCGAGUACGAGGACAGCAGCCAGAACAUGAUGUGGACGGACGGGAACACGGCGGCACAGCAUCAGCCGCCUCCACACCCCCAGCCUCCUCGUCGGCACGGCGGCCGCAGAGUGGACCGGCUAGACAUCAACAUCCAGAUCGACGAGUCUUACUGCGUGGACGUGGGGGACGGUCUGAAGCGCUGGAAGUGCCGCAUGUGUGACAAAUCGUACACCUCCAAGUACAACCUGGUCACGCACAUCCUGGGCCACAACGGCAUCAAACCGCACGCCUGUCCGAACUGCGGGAAGCUCUUCAAGCAGCCCAGUCACCUUCAAACCCACCUGCUGACCCACCAGGGGACGCGGCCGCACAAGUGCACCGUCUGCAAGAAGGGCUUCACCCAGACCAGCCACCUGAAGCGACACAUGCUCCAACACACCGACGUCAAGCCCUACAGCUGCCGCUUCUGCCGCCGUGGCUUCGCCUACCCCAGCGAGCUGCGGGCCCACGAGGUGAAGCACGAGCGUGGGCGAUGCCAUGUGUGCUCGCAAUGCGGCAUGGAGUUCCCCACCUACGCCCACCUCAAACGCCACCAGACCAGCCACCAGGGGCCCCACACCUUCCAGUGCACCGAGUGCAACAAGUCGUUUGCGUACCGCAGCCAGCUCCAGAACCACCUGCUGAAGCACCAGAGCCCGAGGCCUUACACCUGCUCCCAGUGUGGCCUGGAGUUUGUGCAGCUCCACCACCUCCGUCAGCACUCGCUCACACACAAGGGGGUGAAAGGCCACAAGUGUGACGUGUGUUCCCGAGAGUUCACCCUGUCGGCCAACCUGAAGAGACACAUGCUGAUCCACAACAGUGUCAGACCCUUCCAGUGUCACGUCUGCUUCAAGAGCUUCAUCCAGAAACAGACCCUGAAGACCCACAUGAUCGUCCACCUGCCUGUGAAGCCAUUCAAAUGCAAGGUGUGCGGCAAGUCUUUCAACAGAAUGUACAACCUGCUGGGCCACAUGCACCUCCAUGCUGGCAGUAAGCCCUUUAAGUGUCCUUACUGCACCAGUAAGUUCAACCUGAAGGGGAACCUCAGCCGGCACAUGAAGGUCAAGCACGGGAUGGAAGUCUCGCCAGAAGGACAGGUAGUUCUUCCAGAAAUGGAUAACCAGGGGGAGUAUGAAGGACAGAACUUCAACUUCACAUCACCAGACAAUAUGGACAAUGGUGGCUCCCAGAACCUUACUAAGCUCACCACGGCUAACAUGGAUGACAUGGAGGAAUAUUACAACUUUGGGAAGGAUACGAGCAGCUACGCUACACCUUGAGAGGCGAUGAACCAGAGGACAUGUUUUUUUCAAGGCAGAAGGAAAUGACAGAGCUGUUGUCAAGGCUAUGGGAGACACUGGGGACGAGUUAUUUUUUACUUUUAGUUUUGGCCUCCUUCCAGAACAGCCAGAACUGAAGGACUCUGAUGGGAGGCCGGGAAGGAGACGCACGUCAGAGGAGACGCUUUAGCUCUGCUGCUGAGGGCAGAGACACUGAACAUGUUGACGCUGGUCUGGGACUCCUCUUUUGGGAUUACUUCACUUACCCACUCAAAGACUUUCACUGGCGGACAGUCAAAUCUGUAUGUUGUGUGUAUGUAUCAGUUAUUGGAAGAAAAAAAUGAAGAAAAGAAAACAAGUUGCAGAGCCAUCAGUUACAUUUAAAGUGAUAGAAAUUUGUUUGCCAUUUUUGUAAUUCACCACCGAUGUAUGCCCUUAUAUUUUUGACUGAAAGUGCCAGCUAGAUACAUUUUCAACUAAGCUUCCACCAUGUCAGCUAUUUACUCACUGUAUAUCGAAGUUUGGAUACGUAGUCACAACAUGAAGCUCAGCGUAAAUUCUUUCAGGAAGACUGACCACGCUCUCAUUCACAAUUCUCCCUCACUCACUCGCCCCCUUUCUCAAUUAGCAAAAGGCGCAACUCACCCCAGCUAACCAAUCAGCUGCGUCUUAUUUCCCACAGCCAAUCAGCACACCAGGCAAAACGUUUAAAUCCGCUCUUCUCUCCCCCGUCAGCAUCGUUCAGGAGAAUUGAUGCAACCCUCCUCCACCUCCUUCACCUCCAGCUGUUCAGACCCAAGGCAGGACAGCCCAGAAGAACCCUCAUCACUCCGGAUUUUAUUUACCCUUAGUAUUCACCACCACUAGUGUCUAGACCCGGGGGGGUUUCUCUUUUUAGUCGGCUUCCCCUCCCCCCUAAUUCAUCACAGUAUGAUGGGGUCUAAUCUCCAAAAACACUAUCGCGCACACGGCAAUACAAAUGCCAUCAACCUCAACUAAGUCUCUCCUGAUUAAAAUAUUCAUAGGUUGAAUGCUCUUACUAAACAGUUCCUAAUUGUAGUUUCUUGCCCAGCCCUCAGUUUAAAAACAGGACGCUCUCUCAAUGCGUGUGUGCUUUUCUGCACCGGACAUUGUAGCCUCUAUCUCUCCAGCGCACUUACGACCAAAGGUGCUACUGCCCCAUGUCGGCUGAUACCAGAAGACUUUGUUAGCGACAUGCAAAGCCCUGUCACUGUACAAAGGAUUCUGCAACAUGCAGUGUUUACCCACCUUUUGUCUCACAUGGUUUAGCUUGACAUUAAUAAUCUAUCCCGUGUAGUGAAUAUACUGCUCAAAGUUUUUGAUUUACUGAGUGAACAAUACAAAGCACUUUUUCAAUGAGACCUUUCUUCAGUAAGAGUGAACUCAUUUGCCUUGAGGAGAAGAGCUGGGGGAGCUAAGAUUGUAGAAUCUUUCAAGCCCCCAUAACGGCAAUAUUAUUGAACACAAAUAGAAAUGUUCUCUCAGUGCGUUUUUGUAAACUGCAGUUUCACAGUUUAAAUGCAAAUUGAAGAAUCAGCAGUUUGUAUGAGGAUCAGCAGGUUCAGGUUUUUUGUUGUUUGUAGUUUCAGCACUCUUAAAUCCAGGGCGGUUUUCACUUCACUUUCUCAAUUCAGAAGUAUAUGCCCCUGCUUAUUUGGAAACAGCACUUGAAGUGGAUCAGUAGAUUGAAAAGAAGAAAAUACACUUUUGGGAGGUCUUGGUUACAUUUUGUAUGAUUGAAUUGAAAGUGGACUGACAAUUGUCCUGAUAUCCAUUCAUCUGUUUUGGGGAAGGCCGUCAGCUCCCCCUGUCCUGCCAUGCAGGUCAGCCUUGAUAUGCACACUAAACCAGAGGAAGGGUCUACUCGCUCUUCUUCAAGAUGAGGAAAAUCAAACUGAGACCUCAUGGAAAAUGAAUUAUUUAAUAAAGGUUCUCUUGUUUAAAUGAUG